AUGGCUGCAUUUUCCAUAGAAUAACUCAAUUUUGUAGAUAAACCCAUGUUCAAUAUUUCAAUUGAACAAAGAUCAUACUAAAGAGAUACUCAAGGCAAUUUCAUAAAAUAAAUUAAUUAUUUAUAAUUGGAACCAUGCACAUUAGAUCAUUUUUAAUUAGUCUUAAAUUAACCUGAUUACGAUUUCGAAUAAGAAUAUUAGAAGCUUUAAUUAAAUAAAUGGCUUUGUCCACAAAAGGAUUUUUAAUUUACUAUAUAAGGAACAUUCACUAGCAAUUACUUUGAUUUUAUAAGAGUUAUUGUAAGUGAUUGUGACGAUUCCUAAAGUGGAUACUAGAAUUGGAAUCCUACUUGCGCUACCUAAUCUUCGUAAGUUGAAUAUUUAAAUACACAUGAAUCAUUUAAGUUGUAAAUCUAUCAAGUCAAUAAUGUUGUUAAUCCUAAUUCUCCACAACAAUAUUAUUAGUCAUAUCUUGAUGGAGAAAUGUACUUUACUUUUACCCCUUAAAAAUUGUCAAGAUAAGCUAAUUUAUUUUUUAGAAAAUACUAAUUCUAAAAUGAUGAUUCCUUAUUGCCAUUUCAAUCGAUUAAUGAAAAAGAAUUAAUUGUGAGAUAAAGUGUAGAUUACAGAGAAAUAACAGAAAUAGGACGAUAGGGUGAUAAAAAUUAUGGCAUUGUUUAUUUAAGAAGAAGUCAAUUCUCAGAAUAUAUAGAUAGGAGAUUCACUAAAAUCGAUGAAUUAUUAUCCUUUCUUGGGGGAUUCUUAUAAAUCAUGAUUACAGGUUUCGGAAUAUUUAUAAUGUAUUAUAAUAAAUUAUAAUUAUAAAUCGAAUUAUCAAAUAAAUUGUUUAACUUUCCAGAAAAAUUUGGAAAAGCAAAAGUCAAGAAUAAUCAAGUUUAACAAACUUUAGACAGUUCAAUGUAUAAUGAUUCUAAAUUUAUUGUAAAUUCUGAGCAAGGAGCAUCUAAAGCCACUCUAGUAAUUGAUAAAGAAAAAAGCACACUUACAAAAUCCAUUUUAAAAUUAUUUGAACAAUCUUAAAGAUUAAAAUUAUCUCUGAAAUCAUUAAUAAAUCAUUUAUCAUUUAAAUUGAUUUUUAAUAAUGAUGAAACUAAACUGUUUUAGAAAGCCAUGGAUACUGUCGAUUAGCAUUUGGACAUUUAAGAAAUCCUCUAUUAAUUGUAGGAAUUAUUCAAAUUGAAGACAUUGAUAUUGAAAAAGCAGUAAAUAACGUUAUUCAAUUUUACUCCAAAACCAAAUUUGACAUUAAAGGAUGAGGAGCAAGUUCCAAAUAGAUUGAUGUUUGAAUAAGCUCUUUCUGAGAAUGAGAAACAGGGAUAUUAGAAAGAUGAGUUAAUAAGUGAACUUUACAAUGCAUGGAUCGAAAUUAAAUCAGAUAAAACGUAGAAUGAAUGCCAAUACGAAUUAAAUCAGAGACUUAAUCAAGAAUUAGGGAAUGAGAUUUAAUAAUAUUUUUAAGAUUAUUUGGAAACUGAGAAUAAUCUAAAGAAAUAAAAGGAGAAUUCUUAAUAGAAGAGGCUAACAGAACUUUAGAAUUUAUGA